GACCACUCUCUCCUUUUCCCCCCUGAGAAAAUUUCACCAGUGAAGUUAAAAGGAAGUCCCACCACAGAGGUCCUUAACUUGGACGGGGAAAUCCCCACGUGUGUGGACGAUAGAGAUUGCUUUGAGGAUAUUCAAGAUGUAUAUGAUCAAUUGUAUAUGUGUGACUCCUCAAGCAACAAGAGGCCAUCAAGUGGACUUGGUCAA